UGGUCGUUUGUCCACUGAGGACUUUCACUGGGAGUCAGGACUCGAACCCGCGACCGGAACGAUGGAGCCGGCAGGACUUUAAACGGUCAGCCGGAGCGUUUCCUCUUCACUUCUGAACAACGGAGUCACGACCAGAGAAAAACGUCGUCGUAUUGGAAUGACGUCGACAGCCAAUAAGGUUGUUCAGAGGAUGCACCCGACACGCAGCCCCUCUUCCAUCCCCACCGUUGUCCCCGGCGACGCCUUGGACCUCAGCCUGUCCGGCUCCCAGCUCGCCGUGUCCAGGAGGCCCGGCAGCGCGUCGCCGGGGAAGUGCUUCUCUCGGUCGGUGUCGGUGUGUGUGGCCGGCGACGGCAGAGGGAAACGCAACACCCUGGACCAGAACCAGGACCAGAACCAGCACUACUUGGCGCUGUUCGACAGCUCGGACGGACACAAGAAACAGUCCGGCCUCAGCAGAGCCUCCCCGGACAGAACCACAUGGAACAUCCUGGACGACCAGCCCCGAGCCUCCUCCCUGCAGUUCGGCCCCCGCAGCACCGGCAGCGUGGACUCUCCCACCGGGCCGAGGAGGAGAGAGACGGGCAUCGCUCUGGCUGCCACCUUCACCGCCAACAACAGGAGCAACAAGGGAGCUGUGGGGAACUCCGUCACCACCAUCUUACACAACAACUACUCUGAGAAGCCUCUCACGCCCAAGAGCUCCAACCAGAGGCCGUCCUUUAAUAACAUCCUGAAGGCCACGGCCAACGACGAGGUGUCCCAGGACAGCAGCUCCCUGACCAAGUCGCAGAAGAAUUUCUCCUCCACGUCCUCCAACCACCAAUCCUCAGUGAGCCCCGCCCCUUCUCGGAGGAGGGAGGUCACCGAGGAGGAGGCCGAGAGGUUCAUCCAGCAGGUGAACCAGUCGGCGGUCACCAUCCAGCGCUGGUACCGACGCCACGGCAACCGGCAGCACAGCAACCAGGCGGCACUCAAACGCAUCCUGGCCAGUAAAAGAAAGGAGUGGGAGGAGAGGACGGACGAGGACCGUCGCCCGGAGCAACAGAGAAGAGACGAGGACAGGAAGCGGAUUCGUGAGGAGAAAGCUCGCCUCGCCCGCCUGGCGGCCAUCCAGGAGCUGCAGCAGAAAAGAGCUCAGCGGGCAGCUGAGGAGGAGCUGGAGAGUCUGAGGCCGACGGGCGCGGUCGGACGCAGGAAGCCGCCUCCCACCAACAACACGUCGGUGGGCCCGAUGUCGCCCGCUGACGGGAAGGCUCAGAACACGGAGUCCAACUUGAGAGUUACAGCGGACUUGAUUGAGCUGAGCUUCAGGGCCAUUUCCCCGGCUUCGUCCAAUCACAGAGGCUCUCCGUGUUCUCAGGAGGAGCGGGUGGGGGUCGACGUGUGCCUGGUGCAGCAGCAUCAGCACGACGACAGGAAACUGAUCCGGAACGAGAAAGCCCGCCUCCUCCUCGCCGCCGCCCAGGUGGACACACCUGAGGAGCUGCAGCUGGAGAGACGAGCGGGCGUGGAGCGCAGGAGGAAGAUCAGGAGCUCAGCCGGCAACAGCAGCCCGACGUCACCCACAGGUGUGAAAGCCACCAACACAGGUGAGCUGAUUGACAACAACAACACAGGGGAGCUGAUUGACAACAACACAGGUGGGCUUAUUGACAACAACAACACAGGGGAGCUGAUUGACAACAACACAGGUGGGCUUAUUGACAACAACAACACAGGGGAGCUGAUUGACAACAACACAGGUGGGCUUAUUGACAACAACAACACAGGUGAGCUGAUUGACAACAACAACACAGGUGAGCUGAUUGACAACAACAACACAGACUCCGGUCUGCAGGUGGGGGACCUCUCCGGCUCCAGAGCCGCGUCCCCAGCGGCGUCCCGCCUCAGAGGUUCCCCGUGUUCCCAGGAGAUCCUGCACAGGUCUGUGAGCGUGGAGGACCAGCGGCGGUCCAAGAGCACCCUCACCGAGCUGCUGGACACCCUGAAGCUGCUGGAGGGGGAGGAGCCAGAGAGGCCGUCGCAGUCGAAGAGCUACAACAAGGAGAAAUACGCCUGGAUCGACGAGGACGGAGACUCCACCUCUCUGACCACCGACAACCUGGAGCGCCACGGCCAGCUGGGCCUGCACCCCGCGCUGCCCGACGGGGGCGCCCUGCUGUCCGAGGCCAAGCUGCAGAGCAUCAUGAGCUUCCUGGAUGAGAUGGAGAGGUCGGAGCAGGAGAGGCCGCGCUCGGUGACCUCGGGGCGCUCGCAGGCCGUGGAGGAGGAGGAGCUGGCAGGCGUGGAGCAGGCCUCCGCCACCGCCGCCCAGGUCGCCGGCUCCAUGACGAGGAUCAAGCUGCAGCUGGAGGAGAAGAAGCGUGCAGUCAACAUGCUGCAGGCCGCACUGGGCCAGCAGAGGGCGCUCACCGUGAGACACGUGAAGGAGACGGAGAAGGAGCUGGGCCGCAGCUUCCAGCUGCAGAGGGACCAGUAUGAAGCCACCAUCCAGAGGCACCUCUCCUUCAUCGAUCAGCUGAUCCAGGAUAAGAAGCAGUUGGGUGAGCGCUGUGAGGGCGUGGUUGGAGAGCUGCAGACUGUGGACCACAAGUACACCAAGAAGAUCUCACAGCUGCAGGAGCAACACGACCUGGAAAUCAAGAAGCUCAAAGAGCUGAUGAGCGCCACGGAGAAGAUCCGCCGGGAGAAAUGGAUCGACGAGAAAACCAAGAAGAUCAAAGAGAUCACCGUGAAAGGUCUGGAGCCAGAGAUCCAGAAGCUGAUCUCCAGGCACAAGCAGGAGCUGAAGAAGCUGCGGACGCUCCACGAGGCGGAGCUGCUGCAGGCGGACGACCGCGUGGCCCAGCGCUACGUCCGCCAGUGUGAGGAGCUCCGCCUGCAGCUGGAGAGGGAGAAGGAGGAGCAGUGCCACCGCGAGAGGGAGCUGGCCAAGCAGAGGUGUGAGAAGCAGCUCCAGGAGGAGGAGCUGUCGCUGCAGCAGCAGAGGAGGCGACUCUACAAGGAGGUGGCCGACGAGAAGGAGAGGCUGGCUCAGCUGGCUGCACGGCAGCGCGUCGAGCUGGAGGACCUCCGCAGGCAGCUGGAGGAGAACAGCUCUCUGGCCGGGAGGGCGCUCCGAGAAGAGCUGGACAAGAGCCGAGAGGAGCAGGAGAGGAGGCACCAGGUGGAGGUGAAGGCGCUACAGGAACGGCUGGACAUCGAGAAGCAGACGUGGGAAGAAAACUACAAGAAGAAAGAGGAGGCGUGGCUGCUGAGCCGCGAGCGCCAGCUCAAAGAGGAACUGCGGCGAGGCCGAGAUAAGGAGAUCGAGCUGGCCAUCUGGACGCUGGAGGAGGAGACCAGCAAGGACAAAGAGGCGUGUGACCGGGCGGCCGACAGCAGGGUGAAGCGCGUGCGGGAGAAGUACGAGGCGGAGCUGAAGGAGCUGGAGCGCUCCGAGCGGACGGCGGUGGAGAAGCAGCAGGAGCUGAGGAGGCAGCAGGUGGAGGCGGAGGGGGAGCUCCUCCGGCUGCAGGCCGCGCUCCGGCAGACGGAGCAGCGGGCCCAAGACGUCGCUCGGACCCGGGACAAGCUGGUGGACGAGCGCCGCGGCCUGGCGGAGGUCAUACGCCAGGAGUUCGCCGAGCGGCUGGUGGCGACGGAGGAGGAGAACCGGCGCGUGAAGGUGGAGGUGUCGGAGGUCCGGGCCAGGCUGCGGCUAGAGGUGGAGCGAGUCACCAGGGAGAAGGAGGAGGAGCUGGCUGAGGUCCACCAACGAGUGAAGUCGGCCAUCUUGAAGAAGGAGGAAACGGUCAGUCACCUCCGCAAGCAGCACGAGGCUGCCGUGAAGAGGGCGGAUCACCUGGAGGCCCUGUGGGAGCAGCAGAGGAAGCAGCUGCUGGAGAAGUGACUGACAGGAGGGCUUUAUCUCUCUGGACCCCCCCCCCCCGUCCCCGUCCCCCCAUCUUUGGAGACAAGACUGAACCUGUGGACCUCCAGGCGGUUGAACAGAGACUGGACCUGGUCCUCACUGCAGCCCCCCAGGCAUGAAGGAGCGGGUUGUGUUGGAACUUCGCUGCUUUAAAGAACAGACCAGGUGGCACCAAUUCUUCUUCUUCUUCUUCUUCUUCUUCUUCGUCCCUUUCCAGAGGAGGACUACUGCAUUUUUUUGUGACUGUAUAUCCCAGUCUCCCCCCCCCUCUUCCUAUGGAGCAGGAAUGCCUCCAUGUUCCCCACAGAGUGACCACGGAGAACUGUUCCAGAUGUCUCUGGAACCUGCGUGGUGGGGAGGGGGGAGGGGGGGGGUCAGCUAGUGGACCUGCUGGUGCCCCCGUAUCUGCUGAGUCAUGUGUUUAUGCCCCAGUGAAGUCUUGCUUCUUGGUCACAGACUGAGGUGACAGCGCAUGCAGCAGGAGGCUGGAGGAGAGAGGAAAGGAGAGAGGAGGAGGGAAAACAGGACCUCUUAUGGUUUGAGGUCAGAUGAUUGUAGGCUUUGGAAGUUUCUGAAUGUGAGGAAGAAAGAAGAAGAGGGGAGAGGAGAGGAGAGGAACGAGGAAGAAAAAGGAGGUAGGAGGAAGGACAAAGGACAAAGGAAAUGGAGAUGGGAGGAAGGAAGUAGGAGAAAGUAGGAGGAAGGAAUGCUUAAGAAGGCAGAGCUGGGACAGAGCGAUGUGGUAGGAGGCAUAAAGCAUGCGACACACACGCACACACAGAUCACCAUGAGCUCGUGGGGUGGGGGGAGGAACCCUAAACCUGGAAGUGAAGCCUGUAAUGGGGGUGAACAGACCUCACUGGACCUCAUUAGACUGUAUUAGACCUCAUCAGACUUCAUCAGACCUCAUCAGACCUCAUCAGACCUCACUGGACCUCAUUAGACCUCAUCAGACCUCAUGAGACCUCAUCAGACCUCAUGAGACCUCAUCAGACCUAACUGGACCUCAUUAGACCUCAUCAGACCUCAUCAGACCUCAUCAGACCUAACUGGACCUCAUCAGACCUCAUCAGACCUCACUGGACCUCAUUAGACUGUAUUAGACCUCAUCAGACCUCAUGUGUGACGUGUUCCUCCCUCGAUGUUUAUGCAGGACGUCUCACGCCUUACAUUCAGUCGUCGGGUUCUUUCUGCUGAUGGAAGUCGUUCCAGCCACAAUGUGAAGUGUUCAUAUGAAGUGUAACGGAGGGGGAGGAGCCUAAAGGACUGGAAGCGACCGCGGUUUGCUCGUUGGCACGGCGGCGAUGGCAGCACGCCCGUCCUACAACAGCCAACGUGCCUUUGUGUGUGUGUGUGUGUGUGUGUGCCAGCGUUCCUCCCAUUGUGACCCGAGAUGACCCUCGUGGUGUCUCUCACACACACACACAUUUUGUAUUCAUUUGUACCUUUGUAUACAGCGGUCAUUGUCGAGGUCCACGUCUCCAUGUGUAACCAGCUCUUCAAACACUGCUGUUUGUUCAUCAUGAUGAAGAUGAUGAAGAUGAUGUUUAUAAAACUGUGAAGGAGAUGGUGACUGAUCUAUCAGCAAAAAGAAUAAAAAGAAAAGACGAGUUGAA